AACUAAAGCCAAGUAGGCCCACUAAAAAGAAGGAUAUUAGUACCGUCUGUUUAAAUAAUAUGUCGUCGUGAUCUUGGUUGCAGCUUUCGAAAUUGAAUGCGCCAUUUUCGAUACUGAGUUGUCAAUUUCAAAGCGAAACUGGAUGUAGGCAGCCAGGUAGGUUACAGCAUCCACGACGAUGGCACCACAGAAAAGGGACUUUAUCUUAAUUGUUUUCAUCUACGCUGUAUUAAUACUUCCGGGUCAUGUUGAAUGCGCCAGAGUUAAACCAAACAUCGUAAUCUUUUUGGCCGAUGACAUGGGAUAUGGUGAUUUACAAUCCUUUGGAAAUCCGCUCUCACAUACCCCAAACAUCGAUAGGCUACUACAAGGUGGUCUGAAACUCACACAAGCCUAUAGUGCGUCAUCAAUCUGCAGCCCAGCAAGAGCUAGUCUCCUCACAGGGCGUUACCCUCCUCGCACCGGUGUAUGGGAUGAAGUAACCCCUGUGUUUCUUCAGCAAAGCAUUGGCGGACUACCCCAUAGUGAAAUAACUAUCCCGGAAAUGCUGGCACCUCAAGGCUACAAGUCUGCUCUUGUUGGAAAAUGGCAUCUUGGUGUCGGACGCCAAAUGGAAUUUCUUCCGCUGGAGCAUGGAUUUGAUCGGUUUUUUGGAUUUCCAUAUUCGCAUCAAGAUUGCCCAUGCGAAACAUGUUUCUACCCGGAUGGCGAUUGCGAUUCGGAAUAUUGUAAGCCUGAUAAUGUACCGUGUCCAUUGGUGUUAAAUAAUACCAUCAUAGAACAACCAGCGGACAUGAUAACACUUGCUGAUCGGCAAGUAAAGGCCGCAAGAAGCUGGAUUAUUGAUUACUCCUUAUCAGACACCCCAUUCUUUCUUCUGUACUCGUUUAUGCAUCCUCACUAUCCACAAUUUGCGGGUAAGAUGUUUAGGAAUUCAACCAUCGGUGGGAAAUACACUGACUCUUUAGCUGAAAUGGAUUGGCAAGUGGGGGAGGUGAUGGAUCAACUCGAAAAAAGUGGCAUUAUUGAAAAUACAUUUGUGCUGUUUACUUCAGAUAACGGUCCAGACGUAAAACUUGAGGGCGGGUUUUCAGGAAUCUUCAGAUGUGGAAAAACUUCGACCUUUGAAGGUGGAUUUCGUGUUCCUACGAUUGCUUAUUGGCCAGGGCACAUCCCAACGGGUGUCUCAAUGCAACUUGUUAGUCAUCUUGACAUCUGGCCGACACUUAGACGUUUAAGUGGUUCCUCUCCAGAUGAAUUUGACGUCACCCUCGAUGGAUUUGACAUUUCGGAAGUACUUUUUGGCAACGGAAACACUACAAGAUCCUCAAUGUUGUUCUACGAUAUUACACCUGACCCGGACAUAGGCCCGUUUGCCGUUCGCAGUAUUCGAUACAAAGCUCACUUCUACGCAGAAUGCACCUUCAGGUGUGAUCCGGACGCUAUUGAUGAAAUGUGCAGAGCAGAAUUUCCAAUAACGCGUCUUCAAUCUCCACUUCUUUUUGACAUUCUUAAAGACCCAGAAGAACGUGUCGAUUUAGGUAAACUAAAUGCGUACAAGAGAGUAGUUGAAAACUUGACUAUGCUAAUGGACACAGAAUCUAAAAAGAUAAUCUUUGCCGAAAGUGUUCUCAAAGAAACAGAUUCGUCACAUGCGUUGUGUUGUAAAGAGGAUUGUGAGCCGUUUCCCUAUUGCUGUAAUUGUGAAUCAACGUACUCGGAUAAUCUCUUCCCUGUUAAUAAUUAUAAUUUGCGAGAACUUCGCAUUAAAACGCCUAACUGCAAAACUUUCACAUAACACAUUUUGAUAGUUAUUCAUUUACUUAUUACAAUAUCCAUCAAUAACGGUCGAACUUAAAAUUUACGCUUUUUUAACCUUCACAUGUAAAGCUAGGAAUCCAUUUGUCCGGUUGAGAUUACGUCACCGUUUGCGGUGCGGUCCGUUUUGAUGAUCGAUAUAACAGUUUUAAACGAUAGUGAUUCCAUUAAUGCGGUUACGGUUGCGUUGCGUCUCCGUAACCGCAUGCAUUUAUUUUAAUCGCUCCAUGGAGCGAUUCAUCCGUUUUGAAUUCAGCCCACUGUGUGGUAAUAUCCACAUGCACGUGCUCCGUAUAAAUAGAAUCACUUAAAAUGCACUGUUAAAGCAAACGCAACUGGAGCCGGAUUUGCUUUGAAACCUACAUUUUCGUGACACCGGAACCGCAACCGCAACGGGACAAAAACAUGAUAACAGGGUGCGCCCAUCGCAAUCAUCUUUUGACAGCGUGAGUCACUUUUGAUGUUGGUGUGUUGUGCAUUGCGACCAAAAAGUUGCCAUAGGCGCCUCUAGAGUAGGAGGAGUUGCCAAUGUAGUUGCAAUGUCCCGAUCACAGCAAAACGCAUAGAUAAU